AUGACCUCCCUCCUCCGCUACUGUCUAUCCCUUCUCCUCGACUUCUGGGAACGCUCGCGCCUAGGCAGAGUCAUGAGCGUGAUUCUCCCGGCACUCAUCCAGGUCGUCAACCCCCCCUACUCUCGCAAACGCCGGCGCAGCUGCAGCGACGAUGUAGCACCCGAGCGGCGGCCGCAGCAAAAGAAGAGCAUGGACGACCUCGCCGCGGAGGUCCAGGCGCGGUUCGAGGCGCCGGCGCAGACGGAGCGGAUGCUGGAGAUGUCGCUGCGGCUGCAGGAGGAGUAUAGGGAGAAGUUGGGGAAAUCGGAGAUUUCGAUGUUGCCGUCGUUUCAGCAUACGCUGCCGAAUGGGGGGGAGAAAGGGGAGUAUUUGGCAUUGGAUGUGGGGGGUUCGACGUUUAGGGCGGCGUUGAUACGGUUGGCUGGGAGGAAGGGGGAGCGGGAGGGGUUGCAGGUGAGGAGGAUGAGGAGUUUUGUGAUUAAUGAGGAUAUACGGCGGUUGAAGGGGAGAGAAUUCUUCGACUGGAUGGCGAGCAAGAUUGGCGAGAUGUUGGCAGAGUACAACCACAUCAAGGGUACCACAGACGCAAGGUUGAAGAUGGGCAUGGCAUGGUCCUUUCCAGUCGAACAGACCUCACCUCGAACAGGCAAACUCCUCACAAUGGGCAAAGGCUUCACAGCAGGCCACGGCGUCGAAGGCGAAGACCUCGCCGACCUCGUCAUGGACGCCUGCCGCGCCCGCAACCUCAACGUUGAGCUCUGCGCCAUCGUCAAUGACGGCGCGGCAACCCUGCUCUCUCAAGCCUACCGCGACCCCGCCACCCGCAUGUCACUCAUCUUAGGCACCGGCAUGAACGCCGCCGUCUUCCUGCCCACCACCGCCUUGGGUCCGUCCAAAUUCGGCCCCCGCUCGGACAGCUGGUUCGCCGCCGCCUCGCGGGUCGUGGUGAAUACCGAGAUCAGCAUGUUCGGCAAACACGUCUUCCCCACGACGAAAUGGGAUGAUCAGCUCAACAGCUCUCAUCGCCUGCCGGACUAUCAACCCCUCGAAUACCUUAUAACUGGCCGUUACUUGGGCGAGAUCCUCCGUCUCAUACUCCUCGAAGCAAUUCCCACUACGAAUUUGUUCUCAGGCUACAUACCGGAAAAACUAGACGAACCCUACACCCUCGAAACCCGCCUCCUAGCCCAUUUCGAACAGGACACCACCCCCGACCUCUCCGUCGCCAGUGCGGCUUUUGCAACCGCUCACCCCUUGCCCUCCCCACCAACCCUUCCCGAGCUCAAGUUCAUCCGCUCCGCCACGCAAGUCGCCUCCACCCGCGCCGCCGCUUACCUCGGCACCGCCCUCCACGCUCUCUGGGCCGUGCGCACCGCUGCCGAGGGCCUUUCCCCCGGCGAGGCUAGCCACGUAACGAUCGCCUGUGACGGAAGCAUGGUAGAGAAGUACCCCGGCUUCCGGCAGCGGACGCAGGGGUUUCUGGAUGAGCUUUGCGUGCAGUCUGGGGCGGAAGCGGGGACGGUGAGGUUGGAGGUGGUGAAGGAGGGGAGUAUCUUUGGGGCGGGGGUGGCUGUGGGGUGUAUGGGGGAGGAGGAGGGGGAGGGGAGUUGA